CCGCGGCCCUGAUCCCAGCCGGAGCGGCCACUAACCGCCUCCCCCCCCCCCCGUUGCCCUCCACAGCCCGCCUCCCCCUCCAUGGACGUGGCGGCGGGACCGGAGUCGCUGGAAAGCUGCUUUAACCGGAGCUCCGCCGACUGCGCCAAGAUGUUGGACGGGAUUAAAAUGGAGGAUCCCUCGCUGCGAUCGGGUCCCGCGACUUUAGGCGUCUUGCUGGGCUCCGACUGCCAGCACCAGGCCGUGUGCGAGGGCUGCCAACGGCGCAUCUCGGACCGUUUUCUGAUGCGCGUCAACGAAUCCUCAUGGCACGAAGAGUGUUUGCAGUGCGCCGUGUGUCAGCAGGCGCUGACCACCAGCUGCUACUUCCGGGAUCGCAAACUUUACUGCAAGCAAGACUACCAACAAUUGUUUGCUGCGAAAUGCAGUGGAUGCAUGGAGAAAAUUGCCCCGACAGAAUUUGUGAUGAGAGCCCUGGAAUGCGUCUACCACUUGAGCUGCUUCUGCUGCUGCGUCUGCGAACGGCAGCUAAGGAAAGGCGACGAAUUUGUGCUGAAGGAAGGACAGCUACUCUGCAAGAGCGACUACGAAAAGGAGAAGGAUUUGCUCAGUUCCGUCAGCCCCGACGACUCAGAUUCAGUUAAAAGUGAUGAUGAGGACGGGGAUGUCAAACCCACCAAAGGACAAGCAAACCCAGGGAAAGGUGGUGACGAUGGGAAGGAUCCGAGGAGACCCAAGCGGCCACGGACGAUACUCACGACACAGCAGAGAAGAGCUUUCAAAGCUUCUUUCGAAGUAUCUUCCAAGCCUUGCAGGAAGGUUAGGGAGACGCUAGCAGCUGAAACCGGACUCAGCGUUCGAGUUGUCCAGGUGUGGUUUCAGAAUCAAAGAGCAAAGAUGAAGAAACUGGCCCGGCGGCAUCAACAGCAGCAGGAGCAGCAGAAUUCACAGCGGCUAGGUCAAGAAGUCAUGUCCAACCGAAUGGAAGGGAUGAUGACGUCUUACACACCGCUAGCGCCGCAGCAGCAGCAGAUAGUAGCGAUGGACCAGAGCACCUACGCCACGGACCCUUUCCAGCAAGGUCUCACCCCACCACAAAUGCCAGGUGACCACAUGAACCCCUAUGGGAAUGACUCCAUUUUCCAUGACAUCGACAGCGAUACCUCUUUAACUAGCUUGAGCGACUGUUUCCUGGCCUCCUCGGAAGUAAACUCCAUGCAGGCCAGGGUAGGAAACCCGAUUGACAGGCUGUACUCUAUGCAGAGUUCCUAUUUUGCUUCAUGAAAUUCAAAGGGAAGCAAACACAACCCCGAAAAGAACACCCGUCGUUGUAAGUGACGC